AUGCGCAAAUCGAAGGCCUUUUCUCUCCAGAACCUCUUCCCAUCGGACACACGUCCAUUCGCGACCUCAUGGAUUCUCCCUCCUCUCUUCCUAGGCCUGCUACGCCUCCUUUUCUUCACCUACUGCUUGGCAACGCAAUUGACCAACUGGAUCUACGAUGGCGUGCACUCCACCGCCUACCUUAUCGGGCAGGAGUUUAGUUACUUCACCAUCCUGACAUACUUCGGCCUAUUGUUCUGGAGUCUAGUCGCCGGCGUGCAUACUCUGGUCUACGCCUCCAAAGGCCAUUCCUGGCUCGAAAAUUGGCCACGAACACUUCAGGCGCUCCACUCAUUCUUCUACACCACGAUCGUGACGCUACCGUUCCUAGUCACGAUCGUGUAUUGGGGUGUGCUGUACAAAGGGCCGUGGUUCCCAGUCGUGUUCAAUGCCUGGUCCAAUAUCUCCAGACACGCCCUCAACUCGUUAUUCGCCUUGUUCGAACUCACGAUACCAGCGACCAACGCUCCGCCACUAUUGCAUCUUGUCGGGUUGGUUGUUCUGCUUCUUCUGUAUCUGUCGUUGGCAUACCUUACGCGAGCUACGGAAGGGUUUUAUGUAUACGACUUCCUGGACCCAUCAAAGGGCAAGGGGAGAGUAGCGGCUUACUGCUUUGGAAUUGCUGCGGCCAUCAUUAUCAUCUUCUUUCUGGUCAAGGGCUUGAUCUGGCUCAGAAGAAAGUACACCGGCGACGGCAAACUCAGUAAGAAUGACAUGAGGGGUCAUUUGCCUGUGGUUGAGGAAUACGAAAUGAGCAGAGAUAUCGAGGCUUCCAAAUGA